AUGACUUCCCGUGACGGAUACUGCUGGACUCCCAAGGAUGGUCUCAAAGCUGGCGUCCCUUCUUUAGGUGUUGUCACUCCUGCAUCCAACAUCUGCAGCUCAGAAGCCACCUACGACGUCGUUGUUAUUGGCGCAGGAUAUUGUGGGUUGACGGCUGCGCGGAAUGCUUCCCUUGAAGGCCUCAAAGUGCUUUUACUAGAAGGGCGCGAUCGAAUCGGAGGCCGCUCAUGGUCUUCCAACAUCGGUGGCUAUCCAUUCGAGAUGGGUGGCACAUGGGUACAUUGGGGACAGGCCAACACAUGGCGUGAGGUCCUAAGAUACCGAAUGGAGAAGGAUAUCGAAUCAAGCUUUGAUUUCUCGAAGGGAGUGAAGCAUUUCGAACUGAACACGCAUCAAGGUAGUGCUACGAUGAGCCAUGAAGAUGAGGACGCACUCUUGGACUCUGCCCUUAAGAAAUUUACCAACGUUGACGGUGUCUAUGGGCGUGUGAUGAUUCCCCUCCCACAUGACACUUUUCACAACCCAGGAUCGAUUGCACUCGAUUCGCAGUCAGCACAAAACCGGAUCGACGACAUUGCAUCAACGCUAUCGCCACAAGAACGCGCCGCCCUUGAGACUUUUAUCCUUUUGUGUAGUGGUGGAACGCUCGAAACGACUUCCUUCCACGAAUUUAUGCACUGGUGGGCAAUGAGCGGCUACACUAAUCAGGGCAUGAUGGACUUGCUCAUCACGUGGAAAUUCCGCGAGGGUCAAUCAACAUUCGCACGGCGAUUCUUCGAUGAAGCAGUCGCUACAAAGCGGUUAUCAUACUCGUUCAACACACCCAUAGAACGCAUCAAGGAUAACGUCUCAGACGUCGAAAUAAUCACCCGGACUGGUCGCAAAUUUCGCGCUCUCCGCGCUAUCUCCACAGUUCCACUAAACGUACUGAGCAGCGUGUCUUUUGAACCUCCGCUCCCAGCAGGCAAACAAGCAGCCAUCAGGAUUGGUCACGUUAAUCAGACAGUCAAGGUACACGCUGAGAUUUCGAACAAGGAUUUAAGAUCAUGGACCGGUAUCACUUACCCAUACAACGAACUUUGCUACGCAAUCGGCGACGGCACAACCCCAGCUGGAAAUACACAUAUCGUGUGCUUCGGAGGGCAGAACAAGCACAUGGAUCCUGAGACAGAUAUUCCGCGUACUCAGAAAGCCGUCUCGUCCAUGUUCAAUCCGGAUCACUACGAUGGAAAGAGCGUAGAUAUUCAGCGUCUAGUGUUCCACAAUUGGUCCAAGGACGAAUUCGCAAAGGGUGCGUGGUUCUUCCCGCCGCCGGAAUUGUUGGCUAAGCAUUUGGAUGACAUGCGUGCUCGGCAUGGAAAAGUGGUAUUUGCUAACUCGGAUUGGGCACUCGGGUGGAGGAGUUUUAUCGAUGGAGCCAUUGAAGAAGGAACUAGGGCAGCGUUGGAGGUUAGAAAGGAGAUUGAGGAUCUAAGGACUGAGAGAGCGACUUUGUGA